AAUAGUGUCUCUAGGUUCCUCACACACACGGACUGACAGCACAGAUGACAAGUCUGUCUGUGACAGUGGAUGUUAAACUGCAGCUCUGAUACUGUAGUUUUAGGGUUACUAGAUAAUAAUCUAAAUCUAUAACCUGCCUAAAAUAUUAUCAGGGAAGACAGGAAUACAGCAAACAUGUCGGAGGACAUCUACGCCAAACCAGACAUGACCCAGAAGGUGAAGUCGGAUGACAUCUAUGCUAAUGCAGACAUGACCCAGAAGGUGAAGUUGGAUGACAUCUAUGCUAAUGCAGACAUGACCCAGAAGGUGAAAUUGGAGGACAUCUACGCUACACCAGACAUGACCCAGAAGGUGAAAUUUGAGGACAUCUAUGCUACACCAGACAUGACCCACAAGGUGAAGUCUGACGGGGGGGAGAUGGAGGAGAGGAUGGUGGACAUUUACGUUAGUGCUGACACCCUCAGAGGUCACGACCUCUGCUCAAAGGCUGAGGACCCUACAGCAGAGAACACAGCAGAAGAUCAGCUCUCAGUGUCCCGACUGUGUCCAGAUGCUGAGCGUCCAGAGGAGAGAGUCUACAGAGCCGCAGCAGUCUGUCUGGGGCUGCUGUGUAUUUUCAUACUGGCUGCGGUCACAGCACUGGGAGUCAUCUUCACCAGAGUUAGUGAAGACAACACCAACCUGACCAGAGAGAGAAAACAGCUGAACACCAGUUACACCAACCUGUCCAGAGAGAGAGACCAGUUACAGACCAGUUACAACAACCUGACCCGAGAGAGAAAACAGCUGAACACCAGUUACACCAACCUGUCCAGAGAAAGAGACCAGUUACAGACCAGUUACACCAACCUUACUAGAGAGAGAGACCAGCUGAACACCAGUUACACCAACCUGUCCAGAGAGAGUGACCAGCUGAACACCAGUUACACCAACCUGUCCAGAGAGAGAGACCAAUUACAGACCAGUUACACUAACCUGACCAGAGAGAGAGACCAGUUACAGACCAGUUACAACACCCUGACCAGAGAGAGAGACCAGUUACAGACCAGUUACACCAACCUGACCAAAGAGAGAGACCAGUUACAGACCAGUUACAACACCCUGACCAGAGAGAGCGAUGACCUUAAGAGGAGGAUGUGUGAGGAUCUAGAUGGAUGGAGGAGGUUUGGCUGGAGCUGUUACUACGUCUCUACUGAGAAGAAAAACUGGGCUGGCAGCAGACAGGACUGUAGAGACAGAGGAGCAGACCUGGUGAUCAUAAACAGCCCAAAGGAACAGGAAUUCCUCAAUAACCUCCACAAGAAAGUGUGGAUCGGUCUGAAUGACACAGUAACAGAAGGGAACUUUGCCUGGGUGGACGGAACUCCACUGACCACACCCACGUACUGGUGGGGCUCUCAGCCUGAUAAUUACCCUAACACACCAGGCAAUGAUGGUGAGGACUGUGCUGAGAUAUACUACUCACCUUCUGACGUUCCCCCUCCUUUAACAUGGAAUGAUAACAGGUGUAAUUCUGAUAAUUUCUGGGUCUGUGAGAGAAGGAUCUAACAGAUAUACUGUGGGUUUUCUACACGUUUAAUCUUCUAGCAUUUAAUUACCCAGCUAUUGUCUUGUCAAUAAUACCUGUCAUAGCUCCAUGACUGAAAUAUUGUGAUAAUGAGUUUUCACUUCCUGGUUAACAUGAAGUACAUGACGUAAGAAUGAGUAACAUAGACUCAAAUAUUGUAUUACUGUCUAGUUGUAUUUACCACUCUGCUUGAUUUUCCUACUUAGAAAAUAUGUUAUUCCUGAAAUAAACAGUC